UAAAGGCAACCAGUUCCGUUCCUAUCGAGGCAAAUUAGCAGCUCAAGCAGCAAAAAAUCAUUCACGUCCAACCAACUUAACCGCGAGGGUCGUCGGGUGUGUGUGCGCUCAGUGAAAAAUAUCGUUUUCAAGUGUCGAUUUUUCAAGAUUCGAUUGUGUUCCCUGCUACGGUGGAUCCAGAUCUGGGAAAUUAUCUUCGGGGAAAAACGGGGCAGUGUAGUUUUUGGGGCCAGGGUCCGGCACAGCUCGCGGAAAAGGAUGGACUCGUAACUCGGGUUGAGCUUGUGGUGAAGAAAAAUCUAGACCUCCUCCCGAGCGAGGACGGCAGAAUCGAAGAAGAACCAUCAUCGUUCGUCGUCAGCAGAAGUGCAGAUUUUGUUCGCCUGAAUGGACGACUUGGAGAUGAUUAUCGCACUGUGCGAUUCGCACACUAUCGCCUGCUCCUGGUAGGAAGAUGAAGAAUUUUCUUUGUUGAUUACGGAACCUGUCGUCGAUUUUGGGGCUACAUAAAGACAGGAAGUCGCCUCAGUCUGAGACUUAUUGCGACUAACUUGCAGCGUGAGCAGGAAGAAGCAGCUGCAACAGCUAGUAGUCGUAACGAGUGCUAAUAUAUAAAUCCAACCUCGUGAAAAGCUUGAAACCUAGAGUGAGGUUUUUCCUGUGCUUAAUCAGUGCGUGAGAAAAUCGAGCACCUAUCCCACAUAAUCAGAUGUAAGAAAACGGAGCCAGGGGACGACAGGCAAGUGUAUGUGUUUGGUUGGGUUUGCCAGAAGAAGUUCUUUGUAGUCUGCUGGCUAGUUGUUGAAUAUUCCAACCGCACAAGCAGUGCUACAAAAGUUUUCCAGUUCCGGAAGUGUGGACCAAAUGAUACGGGUCUCUACGUGUGUCCUCAACGGAAGAUAACUUCCAAAGAAGAACAUGUCCCAAGCUGUCUAGUCGCCUCUUUCUGAAACUGGGCGGGUGGGCGUCAGAGGUAGAUUUUUUUCUCGAGCAAGUAACCGUGUUGGUGCGAAAUCGAACAAACGAUUUUGUUGUUUUGGGGUUUUUGUUUUCGGAAACCUCGUCGAGUGAUUGUUGAAACUCCAGCAGAGCAACGUAGGUGCCCGGGUUCGGUUCCGUUUCCCGUUCCAUGAGAAGAGAUGGGAAUAAAAGCCAGCACAGCAAAUGGUGGACAGUCGAGUCCUAGAGCGAGAACGUUCUCGACCAGCAGCAGCUCAGAUGUGGUGCCUGGACCUGGAGCGCAGUAUGAAAUAUCAUCCGCCAGUCCGGAAACCGACAGCAGCUCGGCCGAGGAGAAUGCCGCGGCCAGUGCCGCCUCACUAGCGCUAGGUAGAGUUUACGCGGCCACAUCCUUGCCGGCACACAUCUGGUCCUUGAACGGCAUAAAAUGUCCAGUGUGCAGCAAGUUUGUAAUGCCCGACGAUAUAGAGUGUCAUUUAGUAAUGUGCCUAACAAAACCUCGUUUAUCUUAUAAUGAGGACUGCUUAAAGGAUGCCAAGGGUGAAUGUGUUAUAUGUUUAGAAGAUUUAUGUCCCGGUGAUAUCAUUGCUAGAUUACCAUGCUUAUGCAUCUAUCAUAAAGGAUGUAUCGACAAAUGGUUCGAGGUGAAUCGCAGCUGCCCGGAACACCCGGGCGACUAGUGAAGCCAGACCAGGAAGGAAGCAACAGCAGCAAACGCGAUCGCAGCCAAGAUCGUCGGUGGUGGUGUUGGUGUUAGUGAUGGAAGCAAACCGAAACGACUGGUCGUAGUGCUCUCGUAUAGUAGGACAUUAAACCCACACAAACACCCCCACACACGUGCAUAUACCUAUUAUGUACGUGUGUUAGUCUUUUUUGUGUAUGUACUGAUGAAAGCGAAGCGAAGCGACGCGCGCGCGAUCGAGAGAAGGGCUGUUAUAAAUCUAGUAGCGUAACUGUAGGAAUCAAACAAAACCAUGAAACAAAAAUCUAGUAAUUACAAAAUUGAUGGACCGAUGGACGCGAUGGACCGAAGAAGAAGAAGAAGGCCUGCGGGGAGUUGAGCAAACAAAAAAGUAGGAGAGAACUGAUGAAAAAAUUCUGUGAAUGUGUGUAUGAGUUACAGAGAGAAAGAGAGCGCGGAUGAAUAGAGGAAAGGUGAUCGAGAGACUGUUAGGAUACUACAACAGAGAUGACUAUUGGGAAUCGAACUUGCUGGACACAGUUCGAAACAAGGAGACACAUCUAGGAUCACGACGACGGGUGAGGUUUAAUUUAGGCCUUCGCGACUCGAAGGGACAAUUUCGAAGAGGUGAAUUUUUUGGGAUAGGCUCUUUUACUUUCCGGUUCGAUUAUUUUUGUUUUGACUUUUCAAACUUCCCUCUGUAAGUAAUUUAUUGAAAAUUUGUUUUUACACGUGUGUAAAUUCCUGAGCAAGAUGCCCCCAUCUUAGGGAUUCUGGAAUUUUAUACCUUUUUUUAACCGCAAACGCAAUAAAAAUCGACAACACCUUCAGAAGAAGUCGGUCGAGCACAUUUCACAGCAAAUGAAGCGACACCUAACCAUAGUUUGUUUUUCUCAAACUCGAAAUAAAUUAGGUAAACCUCUAAUCAAUUGAAACAAAUAGCUUAUUACAAGAAAUUACAAGUUUGAAUGAGUUGAACUGACGCAGUCAUAUUUAUUUUUUUGUCAUUCACCGAAAACUUUUGGUUUCCCAUACUUCUUCGCUUCGAAAUUUGACGAACACCCGAAAAAAAAACAAAUUAAAAACAAGGAAUAUCAUUCUUAGGUACUAGAAGUUGAACGUGAACUUUUUAAGUUUUUGUAAAUAUCGAACCGUGUUUCGGUAGGUUGAGAACAAAAACUGAAACAAGCAACGAUAAACGGUUAAGUAAAUUAAAGAAAAAAAAAAUCUAGAUCUAAAGCAAACCCUUUAACUGACUAAACUAGUGAAUGAAAAAAAAUGAGAAACAAAAAAAAAAAAACAAAUGCGCUGAGGAGAAUAAACCCUAGAUAAAACAAUACAACAUAAUAAAGUAAAUUAAAAACCAAUGUAUCUGUAAGUGAAACAAUGUAGUGAUAUGAACGUUAAAACCACAGGCAAAAAAAAAAACAAAAACAACAACAGCAAAAUUACACACUUGUACGCGUACAUUCACCGAAGCUAUAAAAACAUUCAAGGACUCUAAUUGUUAAUCCGCUACACUCUUGUAAAACACAACACGAAUCCAGAAAAAAAAAACAGAAAAAAAUUCCGAAGCGAAAAACUUAAAACAAUGAUUUUAAAAGCAACCCAAACUAAAAGAAACAUAAAACGCGCAGGAUUUAUAAACAAACAAAAGGAAAAAAACAAAAGAGCAAAACCGAAAACAAACAAUGGAUUUUCUCCCACGCGAGAGCGAGUCACGGAGAGAAAGAGAGAGAGAGAGAGAAAGAGAGAGUCGGCACGAUCGCCAUGUAUAGAACAACAGAAAUAACCAAGUGUACAUAGGUAUCUCUCUCUUUUGAGAAGUUAAGUAGUUAUAUCAUCCACCCACAGUAGCUUGAGACUUGAAGUUGAAGAGAGGAAAAAGAGCAUUCAGUUGUCGUCGUGUUGCUGCGCGUAUUUGCGUGGUGGUUUGCGUGGUGAUUCAGGAGCACCACGGGUUUAAAAAUUUGGCAAAACAGCACAGAAAUAAGUACCAACUUUAAAAAAGAAGAGAAAUGGGAAAACGAUUGGUAAUCUUGGCAGAAAUAUCCCCUUAGUUUCUAUGCAACAAUCGGACGCCGCACCUUCCAAUCGGGGAAAAACUACAGUGAAUUUCCUAUCGGGAAGUCAAUUGAUUUUGAAAGUUCCCAUUACCCCAGAUAGAAAUUAGCCCGAGUUUCGUUCGGUUUUCGUCGAAUGGUGAGUCCAUAAUCUUAUGAAGAAUUUUACGUGCUCAGAUUACCCUACUUUUCGGGCGUACUCGAGUAAAAUUCGUUUUCGAAUCCAGUUCAAUACAAUUUUUGACAUUCUGUUACUUCAGCGUGUGGAAAAUUUUGACAGGACAAAUAGUCUGAAUUCUACUCAAUUAACCACUCCUGUCCUGUUUAAACCUGGGUGAGGAAAAUAUAUAUUCGCUGCAGCCCUUUUUUACUUUUCGACAAAAAACUGAGCAGUUUUCGAAAAGAGUUGUAAUCGUUUUAGAUAAAAAUUUAUGCCGGAACCAAACAAAAUCAAUAAAAUUAUUGUUUUAUGUAUGGGGCAUGCUCAGUUUGAUGAAAUUUGCAAACCUAUUCAAUUAAAAACUUUCUUUAAGACUUGAGAAAAGUUUUCAUGAUUAUUUUCAAGAAACAACAUUUUUUACCCACUCACUGAUCGGUGGUUUAAUCAGACCAAUUUGACAUUUGUGCGAUUUUUUUUUCUUUUUUCUGUUUUCCAGCCCUGGGUUUAAACCUAUGUUUUGACAUUUUGUUUGUAAAUUUUCAAAAAUAGAAACAAUAUAGCAAAUACUUAAAGUAUUUAAUUCUGUCUUUAAAAAAAUAUUUUUUUUCCGGGAAUUUAACAUCAUAAUUAUUCUUCCCAAACAAAUUCUGUCAUAUAAACAACCGUUUAGUUAAAAAUCGGAAUUUCAAAUUUCAAACUGAUCGACAGGAGUUUGAAAUAAGAGUGAAAAAAACGAAUCCAGCCCAGUGUUGUUUGCCCUGGAGAAAAAAUCAACGCCAAUAAUAUCAACGACGACGAUGAAAACUUAAAGCAAGAAAUGAUUGUUCUUUUUUCGGUGUAAUUUUAGAGAGAAGAAAAACCCUUCAGUAAAGACCAACAUCAGCUGCGCAUUGUAAACGAUGAAAAAAAGAUGAAUAAAGGAAAUGGAAAUAAAAUAGCCAUUUAGUAAAAAGAUGAAUAAGUCUUAAUCUGUGAUUACUAUUAAAAUAAAUAAUAAAAAAAAACAAGAAAAAAAUCAGUUGGAACCACAUUCUUCUGUUGAUCUUCAUCUUUCCGUUUGUGACCAAGAUCGGGAAUUUUUUUUUUCAUUAUUUUCUGUUUGAGUAACCGCGUUCUUUCUUGCAUCAAUUUGCCAUGGGAGAUGUGAGGACUGUUAAUUCUGGCAGCACUGCUGCCCACUUCUAAGCAACGCAUAUAUUUUUGCUUUGUUUAGGUAAUGUUCUGUUCACACUUUUAUUUCUGUUUAAACCUUCCCUUUUUUUACUCUACAGAAUCGAGGUCUUUGUUUUAUCAUCAGCAAGGGUUAGGAUUAAGGUGUAUCACGAAAAAGGUUUAUGAAACGAGAAAAAAAAAACAUCUAAACUGCUCAUCACAAAAACAAAAUAUAUAAGCCUCUAUUUAGGUGCGUGAAAUUUUAAUUCUUAAAAUUACUUCGAACUUCAAUUUUUCAGUUUUUUUCCCAAUGGAGUUAAUUUGCGAAUUUGUCUCAAAAAUGGUAAAAAAAACUUCAGAGAAGAUAAUUGUUAUGGAUUAUGUUGUGCAAACAAGUUGCGUAUCGUGUGAUAGGCCAGAAAUAAACAGAUUUCGAGAUGAAUUCGACAUCUAGUAUGGCUUAAAAAUAAUCAAGUAGGAAAUUUAAAAAAAAACCACGGAAAAGAAAAAAAAAUCUAAAAAGAUAAACAAAUCCCAACCCAAAACAAGGCUAAUAGAAGUACGAAGAAUAACUCACGCGAGAUAAUACAUAAAAUUCGUGAAAAAUUAAUCUAGCACAAAGUAAAACACCGUGGAAGGAACACAGCUCCACGCAGAUCUUUUUUCCGUUGUGGGUAAAUCCUCGAAACGGUUUUCAGGGCCAGAUAUCGACACUCUGUCUAACCACGGUAGAAGACAGACAAACACGCAACAGAUGAG